CUGCCUGAAGAACUUGAGUGUUGCAGAACAAGUGUGAGCGCAAGCAGGAGGUUGAUGAUGGAUGCAAUACCGUGUCGUCUCGUGUUUUUAGCUCUGUUCUUUGGAGCCAGGAUCCAACACACAGAAGCCUUACAAUGCUACUGUCACCGGUGCCCGAACCACACCUGUGCCACAGAUGGCCUGUGCUACGUGUCCAUCACCAAAACGCCCAGCGUCACCACGCAGCAGAGCUUGUGUAUCAGUGAGCCGGAGCUGAUCCCACGAGACCGGCCCUUCAUCUGCGCACCCUCCACCAAGGACGACACUGGGAUUUUCCCAAAGUGCUGCGACACAGACUGGUGCAACAAGGAACCAGACCUCUCAUUAAUCCCAGUGCCAACACAGAUACCGCAUCCUUUGGGGCCGAUGGCGUUUGCGGCUCUGAUCGCUGGCCCCGUGUGCAUAGUGUGCUUCAUGAUGGUCACUGUGUUCUACAUCUGCCACACCCGCUCGGUCAUCCACCAUCGCGUGCCUAAUGAGGAAGAUCCCAACAUGGACCACCCCUUCAUCAACGUGGGAACCACGCUCAAAGACCUCAUCUACGACAUGACCACGUCAGGGUCGGGCUCCGGUCUGCCUCUGUUGGUGCAGAGGACCAUAGCGAGAACCAUCAUCCUACAGGAAAGCAUCGGCAAGGGUCGGUUUGGUGAGGUGUGGAGGGGGAAGUGGAGAGGAGAAGAGGUGGCAGUCAAGAUCUUCUCCUCCAGAGAGGAACGGUCCUGGUUUCGGGAAGCGGAGAUUUACCAGACCGUCAUGCUUCGCCACGAGAAUAUUCUGGGCUUCAUCGCCGCUGACAACAAAGACAAUGGAACAUGGACCCAGCUGUGGCUGGUUUCAGACUACCAUGAGCACGGCUCGCUCUUCGACUACCUGAAUCGCUAUACAGUGACCGUGGAGGGUAUGAUCAAGCUGUCUCUGUCCACUGCCAGCGGCCUGGCUCACCUGCACAUGGAGAUUGUCGGAACACAAGGCAAGCCUGCUAUCGCCCACAGGGAUUUAAAAUCGAAGAACAUUCUAGUCAAGAAGAACGGCACCUGCUGUAUCGCCGACCUGGGCUUGGCUGUGCGACACGACUCCGCCACAGAUACCAUCGACAUCGCCCCCAAUCACAGAGUGGGCACCAAAAGGUAUAUGGCUCCAGAGGUGCUUGAUGAUUCCAUAAAUAUGAAGCAUUUUGAGCCUUUUAAGAGGGCAGACAUCUACGCUAUGGGUCUGGUCUUCUGGGAAAUCGCAAGCAGAUGUUCAAUUGGAGGCAUUCAUGAAGACUACCAGCUGCCGUACUAUGACCUGGUGCAGUCAGACCCCUCGGUGGAGGACAUGAGGAAAGUGGUGUGCGAACAGAAAUUACGGCCGAACAUUCCAAACAGGUGGCAGAGCUGUGAGGCUCUACGGGUCAUGGCCAAGAUCAUGAGAGAAUGCUGGUACGCCAACGGAGCCGCCCGUCUCACCGCCCUGCGCAUCAAAAAGACCCUGUCCCAGCUCAGCCAGCAGGAGGGAAUUAAAAUGUAGGCCAGUCGGCACGGGACAUCUCUCGACUUGCCAUUUCAAACAUUGACGCUGAUUACACUGGUUAUCGGUACCUUUAUCACUAUCCUUUGUUAUUGCAUCACACUCUGUUCUCAAAAGAGGACGUGAGCACUUUGAAUGAAGUUUGGCGUUUGUUUUCGCAUCUUUCCACUCGGUCUUAAACAACGGCGGGCGUGGACUUUGCAGCGCCCACGAUGUAAUAACCCAAAACCUCUGGUAGGGAAACAUUGAUAGGCUGACCCUGAGGAUUAUGGGAUAUCACUUUUACGUGCGAGCACAGCACCGGAUUCCAGCAUGGCAGGUACUUAAACAAGUCUCUUGGGUGCUGGGUUAAACAGAAGAAGGAUUUUUUAUAUUUAUACACGUUUGCCUGUUCUGUGGCUGAAUAGAUUCAAAGUUUCGUUGUUUUUCUCCCAUGGAGGUCUGACUGUUUGUGGCUGACUGAGUUCUGUGGGACCUUAUUUUUGCACCUUGUAUUUUCUUUCUGCAUAUCACUGCUGUUCUUCAGGUCAGGGCAACUUGUACAUGUUUUUCUUCUUUUUUGUGCGUUUUCUUUUAUUUGUUGCAGAAACAAAACUGGACAUGACCUCAUUCAGUCUAGGCGAACAUGCUGUGACAUAUGCAAUAUAGAGAAAAGUUAUCGACUUUAUAUUUUUACUGCUCUGCUACAACAACUUCAACUACGAUGACAACCAUGCCUUCCAAGCCAGGUGUUACCAGAAAGUGCCACUGCUUUGAACCAACCCACCCUCACGGUGUGAGCCGGCCCCUUUCGGUCGCCGUCGGUCUAAACGUAUCCGUGAAGGUUCUUCAGGAGUCUCUUAUGCACACGGAGCAAAAGGGGCCACCACACUGGAAUUCUGCUGGUGCCAUUCUUUAUCAUUUCUGCCUCUUCAUCAUCUUCAUCGAUGCAACACCGAGGGAUGUAACAACCAUCCAGACCUCUUCUCAUUUUACCGAUUCUGUUUUACAGACAACAUGAAAAAGCUGCACAUUGGUGAGCCGAUGACCGACCCGAGUACUCUGUUGGUGCUGGGAUUGGACACCUGUCUUUGUACUUUCGUUUGAUUGGUCGGAGCGGGGAUCCGUGGAAGCGUGGGCCAGUAUGUUUCAGCACAGUAGCUUCAUCUGCAUCAAUGACUGUAGCUUGAGGAACUGUAGCUUGAUGCAAAAACAGUAAAACGCAACAUGGACAACAUGACCACCGGACUGCUGAAUGGUUGGCUUUUGAGAAACAAACACAGAAUACUAAAAGAAAAAUGUGAUCGCAUUAAAAAUAAGCAUUAAACAAAGGUUCUCAAUGAUUCGAAUAUUAGACACUUGCAUUCUCAGUGUAUAAAGACGGUACAGUACAUUCAGAUAAAUAUAGCAAAUGGAUAUUCACUAAGCCAUAGGUUUUCCAACAUUUUGUGGCAACCUUUUCUAACAGAAUGUAAAAAAGGAAAUCUAUUCAAAGACUGCUAAACAUUUGGAGCUUAAGGGACCAAUCGAACAAGUCGAGGUUGUUUUGUUUUGUUGUAAAACGGUGCGUUUGGUUUGAGGUCAAUGCUGUAUGUAACAGAAUACAUAAAUGUAGCACCAGUUUAUGUGUCUCUACGGAGGUGAGCCGGACAAGCCCGCUGUCUCGAGUGUCAAAGCUGGAUGAUAUUUAAUAGCGUUGUGUUCCAUGAAUGAAGACCGAAACAGGUAUCCAUUUCCUGUGUGAUCAUCCCUUCUUGAGCUUCGAAUGGAAUAAAUCACCGGUGGCUUUGUUUUCAGAUUUAUUAAAGACUGUUUAGUUUUUUUCAGUUUGCUUUAGCAGAAAGGUUUAUAAUCUUUGCUGGUCAAGUUUUGGUCUUGUGUCUGCUGCUGUGCAUUGCUAGUUUCUCUGCUGGAGCAGGUGAAGGACACACUAGUUUCUAUUUCCAGAAGCAGCAAAAUGCCCGGAUUAUAUUUUCAACUUUUCUUUGCAUCAAUUUUUGCUACGUGUAGUACAUUUCUUUUAAAUAGUUUUUCCCUUCACGAGUAUAAUUUAUUGAAUGAAACCACAGAUGUGGUCGUUAAUGGUGUGUCAAGUGUUUCAAAAUAAACACAAUUACGUGUUAUGAGUUUAAAGGAACAGUUCACCUAAAAAUGAAAAUUCUGUCAUCAUUUACACGUUGGUCCAAAUCUGUCUGAAUUUCUUUGUCCUGAUGAACACAGGGAAAGAUAUUUGGAAGAAUGCUUGUAACUGAACGGUUCUUGGCCACCAUUGACUACCAUAGUAAGAAAAAUUGCUUCAUAAAUUUCUUUAUUCUGUUGAAGAUAUUUAGAGGAAUGUAGGAAAGCAAACCGUUCUGGGGCACUUUUGACUGCCAUUGUAUUUUGUCCUGCUAUGGGAGUCAAUGGUGACCAAGAACUGUUUGAUCAAAAGCGUUCUUUAAAGUAUCUUUCUCCGUCUUCAACCAAACAAAGAAAUUAACAGAUUUGGGCCAACUCGAGGGUGAGUGAACGAUAACCACAUUUUUAUUUGUGGGGUGAACUGUCCCUUUAAAAGCUUGUUUGAAUCGACAUUGUUAAAGGUGCCAGUCGCUUGAAUUGAAAGUAUUAUGGUGUGUUACUGCUUGAUUAUCGGACGCUGUCACUCGGAGACCCAAUGAGAUGUUCCAUACAGUAAAUGACUCCUACGUGUUGAAAAUUCCUGAAUGAAGUACUUUUCUAAUGUGUGGAUAGGAAGUAUUGUCUAUAAAUAAUGUGUAAAUGUACAUAAAUAUGUAUGUGUCUGGCUGGUGGCUUUACGCCUUGUACAGAGUUUACGGAAAUUUAAAUUGAGGAGAUUUAAGUGUAAAUUAAACCCAAUUUGCAGAGCAAAGCAAUGAACGUUGGUGUCAGAGGAGAACAUAAGCUAAAAGGGAAAAUCCGUUUUUAAAGUUAAUAUGGUUUCAGGGAAUGUAACUGUGGAAGCAAUUGGCGUCAGUCAUGAUGUUGGACACCUCGCCAGCAGCCUUUAGUUUUACAUGUUAACAUCCGUGCGAUUCAUUAUAACAUACAGGUUUCCUGUUGCCUAUGAAGGCUACGCCGCACCAGCUAUAACUUGACAGAAAAACCAUACCGUUGCACCCCUGUUCCCACGCGAACGGGCGAGACCCCAAGGCGCCUUUUAAACAGUCCAUUCCUUUUUAGUGUAGCUCAGUUUUUCUACCUGUCAGAAUUUAGAGAAUGGGCUAUUUGAGACACGCUUGACGUCUCGUCCUCUAGCAGCUAACAUCUCUCUUGAACUUCUGUGCCUCCUCCAAACUCAUUUGCAGCGUUGGGUUACCAGGAAGCGUUCAUUGAAGGUGGCCGUGUUUCCAGCAAGACGUCCGAAACGUUGCCCUUACUUGACCCAGACUCCAGAACUUUUGGUUAGUCAUUCUAAACCUGUGAUGGCGAAUUAUGCAAAUGUUUCACACUAUGACGCACAAACUUGUUUUAUUACACACUGUCAGGAACUUAUCAAAGUUAUCGCGACCUGGAUGUAAAUGUCUCAUGUGACAGAGGUGAAUGUUAACAGCUCAACAAUUUACAUCAUUUCUUUCACCCGUAUGCCAUUUUUUUAAGGGGUUGUCGUGAAAAUACACGGGUCUUUUACUUGUUUAUGCAAAUUUGCAGGGUCACGCAGACCUCAGGCUCUCCGCUAGCAAUCGCUAUGUUUGUUUGAUUGUACCGCUAUGCCAAUAUCCGGACACUGUGAGAAAGGCCCUUGACAGACGUUGAGUUCGCUGGCCGGCUAGGAUUUGAUACAAAUGUGUUGGAAUAAAAGCACAGAGAAUUUCAUUUAGAGGAACAUGAAGUCUGGGUCAUUUAAGGACAGCGGUGAGCUAAAAAGUUACACAUUGUGCAUUGUUCUUGGUCAGCGUGUGUGGCUGCUGAGGUUGUGGGAUGGUGACGUAAAGCUUUAUCGUGUUGUAUUUGGUGCCUAAGUUUGACAUUUUUUUGUAUUCCACUGAGAAUGGUGCACUGCAUGGGACUUAUUUCUAAUGGUUUCAUCAUCUGUUUUUUUUUUAAAUAGAUAUUUAAAGAAGAAAAAAAAAGAGAUUUCAUUUCAAUACAUUUUAAAAAGGUCAAAACGUCAUGAGAAAAAAUACCUCCUCUGAAGACCAAUGUGUUUUCACCUCACUGUACUGUAUAUAUUUGAUUUGUUUACUUUUUGUUCUUUCAAAUGCUAAAAGUGACAUGUUAUGUCCGUGGUACUUAUGUCAAUGGUGUCGUAUUAUUGUCCAGACAGCAUAUAUUCCUUCUUUAAACCAUUGUUUGGUUUGAUUUUUUUCUUUUGUUCUGUAUGGAUUACAAGUGCUUUAUGAUGUCAUACUAUAUCCUUUAAUGCCACCUCCUCAGCUGUAUAGGAAAUGCCUUGUACUGUUUCUUUUCCAAAAAAAUAAAUAAAAAAGUUGGAUAAGACGUGUGGGGAGUUUCACAGAGCCUGCAUUACAGUGACCUGCUUGAUUUCUAAAGCAUUAUGUACAGUAUUGACUUUUUAUAGCGUGUACAGACGUACACAUGAACUGCAUCAUAGUGGAGUGACGCUCAGUGUGGCUUUCGAACAUAGUGGAUUAGAGAUGGGUGUGAAUAAAAUUGUUACAAAUUCUAAAUGUACUGUUGUUUUAUUUUGAA